AUGUCAGGCGAUCAACCCCUUCUGUGGUUACGAUGCGAGACCAAACCUUUCGAGCAUCGCUCAGCACUGACUCCAGUGACUGCCAAAAAACUCAUCGAUGCUGGUUUCAAGCUGGUGGUAGAACGUGACCCUCAAAGGUUCUUCGCUGAUGACGAAUUCGAAAAAGUCGGAUGUGAACUCGUCGAGUAUAACUCGUGGCCAAAGGCUCCCUCGAAUGCAAUUAUCAUCGGACUCAAGGAGUUGCCUCCAAAUGACGAUUCCCCCCUCUCCCACACCCACGUCAUGUUCGGACAUUGCUACAAGCAACAAGCAGGUGCUAAGGAAAUGCUAAGCCGCUUUAAGCGAGGCGACGGAAUGCUGCUCGACAUGGAAUUCUUGCAGGACGAGCGUACAAAACGUAGAGUAGCUGCCUUUGGUUUCCACGCCGGAUUCAAUGGCUCUGCUGUCGGGCUACUGGCGCUUGGUUCAAUGUUAUCCGGGGAGGGUAGUUUGAAGGGGUUGAAGCCUUUCAGGGAUGAAGACGAAUUGAUUGCUCGAGGGAAGAAAGAAUUCGAGCGAGUUGUCGCAAAGCUAGGCCGACAUCCCAAGGCUCUAGUAAUCGGUUCAUUGGGACGCUGUGGUUCCGGGGCUGUAACCUUUUUUAAGAAAAUCGGGAUGACCAAAGAGGACGUCGUUGAAUGGGAUAUGGCAGAGACUGCCAAAGGUGGCCCAUUCCAAGAAAUCCUCGAAGCGGAUAUCUUCAUCAACUGCAUUUACUUAAGCAGUAAGAUCCCCAGCUUUGUCACCCGCGAGACAAUCACCGCAGCAGGAGAUUCCCGUCAGCUGAGGGUUGUGGUAGAUGUGUCUUGCGAUACAACAAAUCCUAACAACCCUAUUCCAAUAUAUGAUGUCAAUACUACAUUCGACUGUCCGACCGUACCCGUCCAGCUAGACGCCGGACUCCCAAGCUUGGAAGUUUGUUCAAUCGACCAUCUGCCAACGCUUUUACCAAGAGAAGCCUCCGAAAAAUUUUCGAACGAUCUGCUGCCCACCCUCUUGCAAUUGAAAACGUUAGAUCAAUGUAAAGUUUGGACCGAAGCAAGGGAUUUGUUCCGUAAGAUGGUCAAUUCUAUCUAG